AUGUCUACAUACACCAGCUCGAAGGGCUGUAAGGCUCUGAAAGUAGAAACUUUAAGAAAUGGAGUGCGAUGUUGCUUUCCUAUAAGGCAACUCCAGCAGAUGUGAUCAGGAACACUGAUCAGUAGAAGUCCCUCCACUAAUUUCCUACUCGACAUUUCUUUUAAUGUGUGAAAAAUUAAAGUGGCCAAACCUCGGCUUGUAGUUUCAUUUUCUUUAGUGAUUAGGCAUAGUUUUAUCACAUUUAGCUUGAGUAAAUAAAGCUUCCCAUCUAUUCGAUGAACUUCUGCUAACAGUGCUCCAUCUUGGUCAAAAAUGGUCAAUCAGCCUCCAUACAUGACCAUCUUGUAGCCUUCUUCAUCUAAUCUACCUAAACUUAUAAUAUUAGCACAUAAUUUGGGAACAAAGAGAAUAUUACCAAAGUGAAUUUUCUCUCCAUCCUUUUGAUGAACAAGGACUCUACCUCUACCUUGAAUUUCAACACAUGAGUUGUCACCAAUUUUGACAAAUCCAAAGGCUGAUUCAUCAAGAUUUGAGAAAUAACUUCUCCUUCUGGUCAUGUGAUUAGUAGCUGCAGUAUCAAGAUACCACAACUCCGGAUCUUUGAGCUCAGUCUCUAAGCCUUGAAGUAAUAACUCAUUGUGUUCUACCAAAUCAUCAUCAGAAGUGAAGAUACUUUAGGCUUCUUUGUGGACGCAGCAACAUAUGGUUGCUUAGGCGUCACUUUCUUGGCACGUUGACAUUUGUAAGCGAAAUGGUCAUAUUUCUCACAGUUAUAACAUUGUAUUUGAGAUUUAUUGAAGUUCUUUUUACCUUCAUCAGGAGGAGGAUGUCAACCUUGGCCAUGGCCUCUUCCUCUGCUUUUGCUGUGCACACGAUGUCGACCUCUUUCGUGAGAUGAGGACUCCUCACUCAUGAUUUUCCCUUUACUCAACGCUCUGGCAAGCAAUGUCUGCUCCUCCUCCUGGGACUCUCGCUUCCUGAGCUGCAACUCAUGGACAGUCAGAGAUCCAAUGACUUCGUCGAGGCUGAUUUUAUCCAAAUCAGUAUAUUGUUCCAUAGAUAAGGUAAGAGAGUCAAACUUUGAAGGCGUCACUCUCAGAACUUGCCGCAUUAUCUCUCUUUCUUCCAUCAUCUCACCCAAAUUUCGCAAAUCUGAGAUGAUGCAAGUGAAUUUCAUCACAAAAUUUUAAAGCCUUGGCUGAGGUAGAGAAGAACAUGAAACUGAAGUGUCUUCAUUCAAACAGAGGUGGAGAGUUCACUUCUGAUAAAUUCAGUGUGUUUUGUGUUUAGAAGGCAUUAAAAGGUAGUUGACUGCUCCCUCCUCAGCAGAAUGAUGUAGUCAAAAGAAAGAACCAAAUAAUCAUGUCCAUGGUAAGAAGCAUGCUGAAAGAGAAGGAAAUGCCUUGUGAACUGUGGGGAGAGGCAGUUUAUAGGGGGAUGGCUGCUGCAUCAUCUCGAUGUAAAGUUAGCCUUUCUAAAUGGAGAGGUGGAGGACUUAUAUGUCAAGCAACCGAAAGGCUUUGUUGUGAAGGACAGGGAAAACCACGUCUUGAAGCUAAAGAAAGCCCUUUAUGGGGCUUAAGCAACCACCACAACAUGGUAUUUCAAACUACAUAAAUGUCUUGUCUCGAUCGAAUUCUCAAGGAGUAAUCAUGAGCAGGCUGUCUACUUGAAGAGGUCAAACAAAUCUCACUUGAUUAUUGGAGUCUAUGUGAAUGACCUAUUAGUCAUGGGUGAGAAUGAUAGUGACAUUAGCAAAUUGAAAGAUCAAAUGAUGAAUUUCUUUCAAAUAAGUGAUCUUAGACAGCUUUGCUCCUACCUGAGCAUUGAAGUGAAACAAGGAUGAGCUAGAAUCACCUUGUCAUAGAGAACCUGAUUGACUUAGUCGUUGUAUAGUAAAUCAUGUAAAUUUAAAAUUUAUAAAACUAGAAAAUACUAAUUUUUAAAUAUUUAGAAGUAUUUUUGAAAAAAUAUAUCAAUUAUAAUUAAAUAAAAUUUCAAAAAUAAUAGUAAUUUUCUAAGUCAAUCACAAGGAUGUAAUAUAAUAUCAAGUAAUUUUGCAAAAAAAAUAAAUAAAUAUGAUGUUUAUAAAUUUAAUACUAAAAAAUGAAAAUGAAAUAUAUUUAAAAUUCGUAAAAAGGAAAAUAAAGAUGCAGACGUCAAGAUGACAUUAGUGUCCAAUGAACGCAAAUCAAAUAGAAAUAAAGUUCUACUCGACAAUUUUGACAUAAGCAGUUGUAAAUGAUUUAAUUGAUCAAAUUAAGAUCUGUAAAAUUCAAAAGAAUUAUAAUUGAAUGAAGUAUAACCUAAUAAAUCUAAAUCACAUAAAUUAUCACUAAAUGAAGUAAAAAUUAAGUUGAAAGUAGGAAAAUAGAGUUCUGACAUCGCGGUGGUGAUGCAUUAAUGAUGUAUCAGAAUCUUAAGUAUUUAAGAGGAUCAUUGUGCGGUGUCCAUGGCCUCAAAGGCUCUUCUUGGACAAGGACGACAUAGACAAUCUCAAGAUCUCUUUGCGAAGUCUAGAGAUCAAUAAAAUGGAUCGUCAAAUCAUCUCCAAUGGUUGUCACCCAGUGGAACAAAAAAAUGGUGACUUUGUGACUCUCUAACAGCUGUCACUUGAUGGAGAGGAGUUGAAUGGAGGUGGGGCACGUGUCAAGGAGCUUCAUCCUUAAGUUUGCACAACAAAAAGAGGCUCUUCAUCGCAUCUAGUACACUCUUAAGAGGUGACGACUCAUUUCCUAAUUGAUCGUUCUCUUCCCGAUGACGGCUUGUUCAUCAAUCAAUUAGAGAUGAUUUACUCAAUGAAUUUGUAAUCCUUUUAUUGCAAAUCAUUUAGCAAUUAUGAUAAUAAUACUCCACGAAUUGUGUUAACGAGAUUUUUGCUAAUGAUCCAAUGAUUCUAUCGACUUAAUCUUUCACUGGCGAUCUGUAGGAAAGUCAUGAUAAUCAAAUAAAAAUAUGAGUUUUGACUCUAGAAGGAUUCAAACCUGCACUAGUUGUCCACUUGUAUGAGAGAGAUUGAAAAAAGUACUCUAAGGCCUUUAUUAAGUGAUGUCAUCAUAGUAUAUCUUUGUUAUAACUAAGAGAUAAUUUAGGUAUAAAAAUCUUCAAAGGCUUUCAAGCAAGGUGUGAUGCGGGUUUAGUCCCACAUCGCUUGUGUGCCGAAGUUUUAGGCACAUAUAUAGUAAUAUCACAUUUCCAAAUAAUGAGUCAUUUUCUCCCGUGUGUAGUGAUCACUUUUGACUAUGAACAUUGCAAUGUUGAUCAUAUGUUAUUUACAAAAUGGCAAAGAAGAAAGGUUUCAUAACUAAAUGGUUUAUGAUAAUGAUAUGACGUGAUUGUAAAAUUUACGUGGACAUUAAACUAUCAAAGACAAAGCUUGGUAAAGAAUUUGAAGCCAAAGAUCUUGGUAAAGCUUAAUACUUUCUUGGCCUUGAAGUAGCAAGAUCUAAUGAAGGGUUUACAUACCUGAUGGAAGUAUGUAUUAGAUCUUUCAAAGGAGAUUUGUAAACUUGGGUGAAAACUUGUUAGAACUCUUAUUAAGGUAAACAAUGGGCUAUAUAAACAAUAAGGCAUACUUAUCUUAGUUUGGAGACAUGCGAAGAUCUUAGUGUUGUUGGCAGAAAUCUAUACCCACUGGCCAACCCUUGGGCCUACAAUAGAAGUAUCAUCUAUAGAUCCACCUAGAUUAUCUAGGAGGAAGAUACUACUCCACUAAUCCUCUCUACAACCUACAAAAUUCUUCAACUCUCAACAUAAUGGUAUAAAAUUUUUGAAAGGGAAAAGUUUCUCGUCAACUUUUAGUAUUGCCUCUAGGAGAGCAAGAGAACAAUAAAAACUACUAGCCCAGAAGUGGUUAUUUCUCUAUAUGAACAAUUUACUGAACAGAAACCAUGCACAAGAACAUCAAUGGGCCAUAUAUGUACCUGUGCAAGGUAACCUCCAAUUGUAGGUUAUUUCUCAGUCUUAUGCCCCACACAAUAGCAACUUGAAAGGAAGUAAAUUGUUAAAUGGCCUAGGGCCAUUUCAGCAAAAAAGUUAAUCCUACAAAAUAGAAGGAAUUAAAUUAAAUUAAGGGGAAAAAAUUCCACACCACUACAAAACUGGAUAUAGUCCACAGCACAAAAAGGUAAGCAAAGUUUCUUAGAUUUUCAGUUUUACAGAAUGCAACAGUAUAUUGCUGAAAAAUUAAGAAUAAGAAUUACUUUCCUAGAGAAAUGGGAUGUCUCAAUGCUCUCCACAUAAACUGCUAGACUAUUCCAACCGUUGUACAUACAAAGAAUUUCUCUCGUGAUUUGAUGUUAUUUCAUAAUACUUUUAUAUAGGACAUCCACAACUUUAUUAACUGACGUGACUCAGUCGUUGUAUAUUAAAUCACGCAAAUAUAAAAUUUAUAAAACUAGAAAAUACGAAUUUUCAGAUAUUUAGAAGUAUUUCUAAAUAAAUAUAUCAAUUAUAAUUCAAUAAAAAUUCCAAAAAUAGCGGUAAUUUUCCAGGUCGAUCACAGGAAUGUAAUAUAAUAUCUCGUAAUUAUUCAGAAUUUUUCUCAAUGAAUACGAUUUUCUUACGAAUUUUAUACUAGGAAAUAAAAAGGAAAUAUAUUUAAAAUUCACGAAAAAAAGGAAAUAAGGGUGCGGGCGUCAGGAUGACAUCAGCGCCCGACGAACGCGAAUCAGGCGGAAACAGAGUUCUGCCCGGCAAUUCUUACGUAAGCGAUUACAGACGACUUAAUUAAUCAAAUUAAAAUCUGUAAAAGCCGGAAGAAUCGUAAUUGAACGAAGUAUAGUUUGGUAAAUUAAAAUCACACAAAGUAUCACUAAAUGAAGCGUAAAUUAAAUUGAAAGCAGGAAAACAGAGUUCCGGCGUCGCGAUGGCGAUGCGUCGGCGAUGCACCGGAAUCCUGAGCGUUCGGGAGGAUCGUCGUGCAGUGUCCACGGCCUCAAAGGCUCUCCUUGGACAAAGACGACGUGGGCAAUCUCUAGAUCUUCUCGCGAAGUCUAGAGAUCAAUGAAGUGGGUCGUCGAAUCGUCUUCGGCGGCUGUCACCCGGCAGAGCGAAAAAACGGCGACUUUGCGGCUCUCCGGCGUCUGUCACCCGACGGAGAGGAGCUGGAUGGAGGUGAGGCAUGUGUUAGGGAGCUUCAUCCUCAAGUCUGCGCAGCAAGAGGAGGCUCUUCAUCGCAUCUGGUACGCUCUCAGGAGGUGGCGACUGGUCUCCCGGCGGAUCGUCCUCUUCCCGACGACGGCUUGUUCGUCGGUCAAUCGGAGAUGA